AUCCGUCUUUUACGCUCCCCAUAACCUUCAUCCAUCUCCAUCAUCCUAACAACCACCACUUCUUUUUUUCCUUAAUUGCUACUAUGGGAAAACAGUGGCUGUUGUACAAGUUUACCAGUGACGGCGGCGCCGGUGGUGGUUGUCAUGGCACUGGAAAAUCCUCUUCCACCAGCAAGACGACAAAGGCCGCCGGAAAAUACUCAAGAAAAACAGCAGAUCAUGUACCCACUUCUUCUUCUUCCUCCUCCGGUGGUUGCAUGAGUGCCAUUUUUCACCUGUUUGAUAUUCAACAUCAUCAUUUUCCCUUUCAUCAACCUUCUUUCAUCUCCGACUCUUUUGUUAAUAUCCCUCAAGAAUCCAAUAUCAUCCACCCAGGUGUAGAAGCACCCAGGAACAGCUUGGAGUUAGACGAAGAAUUAGUUGCUUCAUCUUCAUCAUCAUCAUCAUCAAAACCUAAACAAGAAACAAACUUAAACAUCCCUAUGGGUGGAAUUCAAAUCAAAACAAAAAGAUCAAGACUGAUGAUGGAUGAUGUUUCUUCAGAAUGCAGCAGUUCUCCGAGUACAAAAACACCUAAUGUUGUCGCAAGAUUAAUGGGUCUCGAUCUUCUCCCAGAGAACUCAUCUCCUAGACCUUCUCUGUCAUCUCCUAGACCUUCGUCUUCCUCCUCUUAUGCAACUCCAUUAAACCCUCUUUCAAAGUUGUCCUCAAGCAAACAGCAAAGUACCCGUUCCUUGCCGGUGACACCGCGGAUAUCGACGGCAGCCAGACCGUCUACAGACGUCGACUAUCACCACCGGCUUUCUCUCCAAAUUAACAAAGAGAAUAGGAGGAGAUCGGAGAUGAUUCCUGUGAAUCGACGGGAUGAUGAGAGUAGCAGUGAAUAUGCUAAGCAGAUUGCAAAGCAGGUGAGGGAAAAUAUCAGUAAAAGAGUUGGUGUAGAUAUCACAAACACCAUGAAAAAGAAGGAAGAAAGAAGGGAUCAGUGUCUUGUGGUGUUGAAACCUAAAAGACGAUCAUUAUCGCCAUCGUCGUCAGCCACUUCAAAAGAAAAUGAACCACCGGUACUUUCUUGCUCAGCGAGGCUCAGACUGUUGGAGAUUAAGAACAACCUCAAGAAACCCAUUUCAAAUCCGCCAUUAACAACAUCCACGGAACUUACCAAAGCUCCAUCAUCGUCAUCAUCAAACACCAAACCGUUGAUGAUGAUGGAAGAUCUUGAGAAAGUACAACUGGUGAAGCAGGAUCAAACCCCAGUGAAAGUUCAAAAGUACAAGAAAAUUGCGAGUGAAAAGUAUGAUCUGAGAUUGAAAAAAAAGCACCAACAAGAGGAACCAUUUGUGAAGAAAUGCAACAACAACAACAACAAGAAGAAGUCAACUCCAUUAUCAAAUCGUCUUCUAAAUGUCAACACAACAACAAAGUUUAUUUCUUUCAAGAAAGACAUGGCGUCGUCGUCUCCGUCUUCAACAACAACAACAACAGCAUUACCUCAAAAACAAAAGAGCAUCCAACAGUUGCCUCGUUGUCAGAAUCGGUCAUACAAUACCAACGAGACGCACAAGCUCUCCGUCCAAGAUAACGUCAGUACUAGAGAAGACAACUAUUCAAACUGUAACGGUGUCGCCACCGCCAUCACCGGCGGUGGUUCGGUUUACGACGACGACGACUACUUUGAGUACAUUUCAAGAAUCCUCAGCCACUCCGGAAUUGAAAAAACCACGGCCAUCUCCGUCGCACAUUGGUACUCCCCUUCCCACCCUCUCCACCCUUCAAUCUUUCAUCACCUGGAAGAACUCCUCCAACCCACCGGCAACUUCCCCAACCGGAAGCUGAUAUUCGAGGUGGUAGACGAAGUUCUUGUGGAAAUCUUGAAACCUUACAUAAGUUUCAAACCAUGGGCUGCUGGAGGGUAUUCACAUCGAAUGUACGGAUGGGAACUGAUUGAAAUGAUACGCCGGAAAAUAAAGAGUUUUCCAGCAGCCGAUUGCCAAGUGCUGGAAGACAUAGAUGGGUUAAUAGCAGGUGAUCUGAGAAGCAGCACAAGGGCGGUGGGAGCGAUUGCGUUUGAAGAAGAGGCGGAGGAGCUGGUGAAGGAGAUGGAACGUGAGAUGGUGGAGACGUUGGUGGAUGAGAUGGCAAGGUCUGACGGAGGUCACGUGCAUGGUGGAUUCACGUGAUGAGAUGCCACUCGUGAUGGGGUGCACGUGAGUAAAAAAGGGAAAAAGAAAAUGGUCAAAAAGAGCUAGUGAUGAUAAUAUAUGUUAUCGAUGAUGUUUAAGCUUCAAGUUUUCUCUGUGUUUGUAAACAUAAUUAAGGUUUAAUCAA